AAGCUGCUAUCAGUCAACUGUUAAGCGUUUCAGACUUACAAACAACAUGCAGCUCUCAUUCAUUGCUCUGGCUUGCUGCCUUGUGGCCUGCACUAUGGCCUAUCCCCAUCCUGAGGACAAGCCCAAGCUCAACUGGACGCCACCAACGCCCGAUCCGCGUCAACAGCAGCGUUGGAUGUUGGACGGUGGCUACAACAAGGACCAAACUGGCCAUGAUGUGCAUGUGCAAGGACAAGCUCCAGUCUGGACUAGCGACAACGGACGUCAUGAGGUCGAUGUGGCUGCUCAGUAUGGACAGCAUCUUGGUGGUCCUUAUGGCAACAGUCCGCCUUCCUAUGGUGGCGCUGGCAUUUACCGAUUCAGAUUCUAAGC